AUGGCGUUGGAAGUUCUAUGUUAUCUAAAAGUUCAUUCUGAAUCUAUAAACGUGAAUACUUUGAAAAAAGUUGAAUUUGUACAUGAGCGUAAACUAUUCCAUUUAGGAUAUGAUAACUUUAAUAAGUCCCUGGAUGUUGAUAAAGUUGUUUUCAAUUUUUCUAGUGAAAUUACUCAAGAUGGGAUAUCAACUAAUGACCUCAAAACCCUUAAAGACUUGUCUAAGAAACCUGAUGUAAUUAUUACCAAACCAGACAAAGCAUUGGGAACCAUUAAUUAUAAUGUCUCAAAUUUUUUCAUUCCCAUACUAAAACGACUCACUCUGAAUCAAUAUACCAUACAAAACACCUUCAUCUUUGUUCAAAAAUUAAUUGAGAUCCCACAUGCAAAAGACUAUGUCCUAGCUAGUUUCGGCGUUACUAAUUUGUUCACUAAUGUCCCUUUAGAUGAAACCAUAGAUAUCAUUAUGAACUCUUUGUUUGAUAAAUCUGAUAAAGUUUUGGGAUUUCAUAGAAUGUAUUUUAAGAAACUUUUGGAUAUUGCCACGAAGGGUAUAAUGUUUUGGUUUAAUGGAACUUUGUACAAACAGAUUGAAGGGGUAGCAAUGGGAAGCCCUUUAGGACCUACUUUAGCAAACAUUUUCAUGUGCUAUAAUGAAAGUAAAUGGCUUCAAGAUUUCCCUGUGGAAUUUAAACCCAAAUAUUACUUCAGAUAUGUUGACGAUACUUUAUUAUUUAAAUCCGAAGAUGAAGUUUACAAAUUCUUGGAAUACCUUAAUAAUCAACAUCCUAACAUUAAAUUCACUUGUGAAAUUGAACAGAAUGGACAUCUCCCCUUUUUGGAUAUUGAUAUUUCUAGGGAUAUGAAUUCUUUUGUCUCCUCAGUCUAUAAAAAACAAACUUACACGGGUCUAACAAUUUAA